AUGGUCACAAACCACACUACACUCCCACUACUGCACACGCGAAUCUGCCCUCGCUCACACUUCACCUCAAAGUCCGAUCCUGUUUAUUUCCCUUCCCCUUGCCAACCUGUUGAUUUCUUCCUCAAAACACCCUUUCAUCCAUUGCUCUCUCUCUCUCUCUGGGGCUUGAUGCCAAGCUGCAUUUUACCAAAUCAAAACACUUAGGGACUCUGCCCUCCAAGCUCUUGUUUUUAUAUUGUCAUUGUUCUCCACCCCUCUCAACGCAAAAUAACACGUACCUUCCUCCCUCCACCCUUGUGUUCACGUGGCAAGUCUCUGUUGUUUUUGUUGCCUUGUGGCAAUGUGGCCUUUAAAAGCCAGCCCCUCCCCCUCCCCCUAUGGAGAAAGGUGAGCUGGGAUUGUGUGUCUUUGUGGUUAUUAGAGUUGGAGAAAAGAAUGGCAUUAGAAGCUGUGGUUUUCCCCCAAGACCUCUUUGGUUAUACUUGCAGGGAGUGGUAUAACAUGGGAGGGGGAGCAUGGGGAUACGACUUUGGAAGGGUUGGGGAGGAGGAGGAGAAGAAGAGAGAGGUGUUAGAAUGUGAGUUAGGUGGUAAGGUUGGUGGGAGUUGGGACCCCCCUGCCUCCUCCUUGGUGCAAAACCUUGAGGAAUGGGAUGCGAAUUCCUCGUUUCCGGAGGCUUGUGAGGGGAUGGCAUUGGAAGGGGAGGCCAUGGGGGAUGCAGCGGCGGGCCGGAGGAAGAGACGGCGGGCGAAGAGCGUCAAGAACAAGGAGGAGGUGGAGAGCCAGAGGAUGAUCCACAUUGCGGUGGAGCGCAACCGCCGGAAGCAAAUGAACGAAUACCUCGCCGUGCUCCGGUCCCUCAUGCCAUCUUCCUACGUUCAAAGGGGCGAUCAAGCAUCAAUCAUAGGGGGUGCAAUAAACUACGUGAAGGAGCUUGAACAGCUCCUCCAAUCCCUUGAAGUUCAGAAGAGGCUCAGGCAGCGAUCCGAUGCAACCGGGCUCGCGCACCCCUUCGCCAACUUCUUUGCCUUCCCCCAGUACUCAUCAUGCUCUUCUGGUGGCAGCAGCAACAGCAGCAGCACUGCCCACACCAGCAGCAACCACAGCAUUGCUAAUGAAAUGGCAGCUGAGAACCGGCCGGCCAUGGCAGACAUUGAGGUGACAAUGGUCGAGAGCUAUGCCAAUCUCAAGGUGUUCUCGAGGCGCUGGCCGAAGCAGCUGCUCAAGAUGGUGAUGGGGUUGCAGAAUAUGCGCCUGACCACGCUGCACCUCAACGCGACCACCGUGGAUCAGCUGGUCCUGUACUCCUUCAGUCUCAAGGUGGAAGAUGAUUGCCAAUUCACUUCAGUGGAUGAUAUUGCAACUGCAGUAUAUCAAAUGCUGGGGAGGAUCCAAGAGGAGGCUAAUUUCGGCUGAAAAACUCACCAUCUUAGUGUAUUCAUAUCUUUACUGGAAUCAUGUCAUCUGAUUGCUUCAAAUGGUUUUGGUGUAAGAAAUGUUUCGACCGUGUGAUGUGUGCUCUCUAUGUUACCACUUCGCAUA